AUGGGAGGGACUACUGGAAAGGGGGAAUUGGAAGAAGGAGGGGCCGGGGAGGCGGCACUGGUGCUGUUGCUCCAGUCUCUUUCCCUGUCUUUGUCUCAUACUCUUUUGUUAGCCAUGCCUAGCCUGCUGGUUCUAGCAGGGAUCAUGGAGAAAAAUGGGGGCUACGGCGGUGAUCUAGCCGGCUCCGGCUUCGGAAGUGAAGGGCUUCUCGUGCCGCCCGACGACGACGAAGAUGACUCCCGUGCUUUGAGAGUCGCGCUGGGCCAGUUGUCUCUGCUGGGUCUAGGGGAGACCGAGGACGGCGGUGGGGCUCCUGCAUCAGGAACACAAGACCGGAGUAACAACAACAAUAACCACCACAACAACCACAUCAACAGCGUUGGAGGAGGUGGCGGUGACACUGGGCUUUUGCAAGGAAAAAACAAGUUGUGUGCCUUGUAUGACGGCUCUUCUGCUGAAACUAAAGGACGCGGCAGUAAUAUAACCGAAUGCGUCCCUGUCCCCAGUUCUGAACAUGUGGCCGAAAUAGUGGGGAGACAAGGUUGCAAGAUCAAAGCCCUGCGCGCCAAGACCAACACCUACAUCAAGACCCCGGUGCGUGGGGAGGAGCCCGUCUUCCUCAUCACGGGCCGUAAAGAAGACGUGGCGUUGGCCCGCCGCGAGAUCAUCUCCGCUGCUGAGCACUUCUCCAUGCUCCGGGCCUCGCGCAACAAGCUGGGCGUGUCCUUCAGCGCUUCCCCGCCCACACCCCUGCCUGGCCAGACCACCAUCCAGGUCCGGGUGCCGUACCGCGUGGUGGGGCUGGUUGUGGGGCCCAAGGGCUCCACCAUCAAGCGCAUCCAGCAGCAGACCUGCACCUACAUCGUCACACCGAGCCGCGACCGUGACCCUGUCUUCGAGAUCACCGGCUCGCCCGGAAACGCCGAGCGGGCCCGCGAGGAGAUCGAGGCUCACAUCGCCUUCCGCACGGGGGGCCUGCACGACCUCAACAAUGAGAACGACUGCCUGGGGCCUGACGGCAGCGGAGGUAACGGCGGCCUGGAGAGCAGGCUGCAGCAGGUGUGGGGCCCAGGAGGGGGCCAGCGCAAGCCUCUCACCAGCAGCUACCGCCAGAACUUUCCGGACGCACUCGGGAAUGGGGGAGGCGGGGGCAUGUAUGGCAAGAGCGACUUUGCCAACCCCGGCGAGAAGCCGUGUCCGUUUUUCGCCUCGGAGGAAGCCCAGUGUUGGGGAGACCCCGACUACCCCAAGCAGGUGGCGUACUACGCCCAGCAGCGCUCCAAAAGCUUUGGCGGCCUGCCUCUGCCCUUAACCAGGCUCUCACCAAGCCUCCCCGAGUCCUGUGGGGGGCUGUCCCACGCCCAGGCACGCCGCGCCCACAGCGAGCCCAUCUCGGCGAGCCCCGCCUUCUCCGGCCGCCUCCCCGUGCCAGACUCGCCGCCCGCCACGGCCCGGGACUGCAUGACCUGCUUCGAGAGCAAGGUGACGGCUGCACUGGUGCCCUGCGGCCACAACCUCUUCUGCAUGGAAUGCGCCAUCCGCAUCUGCGAGCUCAGCCACCCGGAGUGCCCCGUCUGCCACGCCCUGGUCACGCAGGCCAUCCGGAUAUUUUCCUAAAGCGCGUCUUUUUUGCAUCAUGCUUUUUAAUCAUCCUUUUUAUCGAUGUGUUUUUCUAUGGUUAUUAUAAUUAAGUAUGAUUUUAUUCCAGAAAAUAUAAAAUUGAGCAAGCAGAUAUUUUAGCAAGGCACUGCUUGGUUUACAAAAAGUAUAUGAAAUACAUUUUUUAAAUAUAUAUUUUAUAAAAUUUUGUUUAUAACAAAACAAUAGUACUUAGCAUUUCUUGUAGGUUUUUUUAUCUUUUGUUUGUUUUUUUUGUUUCGUUUUUGGUGCUGCUGAUUUUCGUUCAGACAUUAUUGGGGAAGAGAAUGUGAAAUUUGUAACUUUUUUUGUUUGCUUUUGUUUUGUUAUGAAGUGGCUCUAAAAGGCGCAGUGGGGGCCGUAGGUGCAGAGUGGCAGCUUCUUGGGUGAUACGCCUCAGCCCCGCGUCAGAAAAGCAGGCGGGUUGGCGGGUUUUGUUCUACGGAGAACGGCAACUGUCAGGGGCAAAUGGCUGACAGCCUUGUCAGUUUGCAAUUAGAGGAAAUUAUAAGCUCUAGGCUUACUGAGGCUCGUUAACACAGUGAUGUGUCUUUCCCUGGUGUUGAGUAGGUAUUUGGUUUAUGACAAAUAACUUCCAAGAGGGUCCAAAUGGUGUGUUUUUCAGUGACCUUUCCAAUGUUUUUUUUUUGUUACACAACUGACA